GGAGCAAUCCAGACAGUGCGCUCGUCGAUGUCCCGCCUGCUUGGCUUGUUCUCUACUCGGCACUCGCUGUACUUCGUUCCUUCUGCUGCCUUCCGAUGGAAGGUCCGGAAGGCUCUCUCUAGAUUCUUCCAAAGAAUCCUCCGGACGCCAAGGGCUCAUCGGAGUGCCGGUUCUGAAAUGCGAAGCCUUCGAAUUUAUAGACCUCCCCUACGAUGAACGAGGCGACAGGAUUGCCAUCUCUGCACGAUUAAAUUUCGCAUCGUGAAGCAUCAUCGCAAUCGCAAGCUACACGCACAGAGCCAAGCCAAGCUAUCUCGUGUUACGGUUCUUCGAUCGACGGAGUUUCGUCGGCUGUCGAGCUCGAUUUGGUCGGGUUGGUUGGAUUUACUCAUCGGUGUUUUGACGGAGAUUUGGAAUCUGUUGGUUCGAUCGAGUGAUGGGCGGAGGGAUGGCUUACGGUGAGCCAUACAGCCAUGGAUUCAGCCGAUAUCCUUACGGGGCGAAUCGGACUGCUGGGUAUAAUUUAGGGUUUCCUCCUCGGAGGAUGUCGAGCCUCUGGGGUGACGAGUCUGCGUAUCCGGACGAGGUUGUGAAUUUGGCCAGGAAGAGGAAGCUCGAUGGUGUUAAAGGAGAGCCCCUGGGGACGUCGAAUGGGUCCAAUGUGAGGGAGAUUUUUGUCGAAGAUCCCUCCUCUUCAUCAGCGCACCGCAAUUCGAGAACCCAAGAUGUUUAUGCUUCUUCUCCACCCGCGUCGCCUUCUCGACGCGGAACGCAGGGUGCUGGGAACAGUGAGAGAAGUUCCACCACCGUCGCCAUACCGGUGGUGUUCUCUAGUGAGGUCCCAAAGCAGCAGCAGUCUGUGCCAGUCGUUUCUCCUGAGGGAAUCAAGAAACCGAGGAUGACUUUGAGUGAGCACGCUGCCGCCGCUUUGAUUCAAUCUUCCUUCAGAGGAUAUUUGGUCCGGCGAUCUCAGCCGCUGCAACAUAUGCGGAAGAUUGCAGAAAUCAGAUCGAAGUUGAGGGAAAUUUCAGAGCGGAUAUCCGACACCAGCUACGUACAAAGGAUGAGAACUGACAUGAAAUGCCGACUUCAAAUCACGGAGGGACUGAUGGCUCUGCUCUUACAGUUGGAUUCUAUUCAGGGUGUACAUUCCGAUGUUCGGACGUGGAGGAAAGCUGUCACGAAGGAGGUGGUAACGCUUCAGGAUAAAGUUGACGCCUUGUUGAAUGGCCGAGAAAUUGCGGAAAUGGAACCUGUAAUGCCUAAUGUCCCUCUCCAAAGCGUGAACGAGGACACUGUGAUGACGUGCGAGGAGAGUGAUGAUGAUGUGAUGACCGACAGCGGAGAAAGCGAAGUGCCAUCUUCAUCUCCGAGUCUAAAGACCGAAUCUGUCGAGGAAAUUGUUCUGGACCAAUUGAAACUUGAAGAUGAGGAGGCUGGAUGUAAGUCGGGCGAAAAGGUCACUGCUUCAGUUACAUGUGGUGAUGUCGAGGAAAUCGAUCUUGCCAAUUCCGAUAUCUGUAACAGAGAAAGUCUCUCAGAUUCGACAGAAGAGGACGAGUCUCGACUAGAGGCAGAGGGAGGGAAAGGUGGAAUUAUUGUCGAAGAAAAUGACGUAGCUGGCGAGCAGACUUCUCCAGGGGCUGUUGACGUUCUGGAGGACGGCGAAGUAUCGGAAUGCGAAAUAGUAAAUAGCACACGCCAGCCCAUGACUUCAAUUUCUCAAGUUUUCUCAGAGGCCCUCGCGAGGAGGAGGGAUGAUGAUGAGACGCGACGUGCAUCGUUUGUGAGCAGUUCUGCGGACCCAAUGCGAAUCGUUUCUGACAGAUGGACUGAUGCUACAGAUCGCACCGCAGAUCAAGAAGCUCGUGAUUUCAAAGAUGCGAGCACGGUUGUAGAAGAAGCAUCGGGCGAACAAAUUAUGGAUGUGGACAGGGAGGAGCAAGAUGGACCGCAAAGUGACGCCGUCGAAUUCAAAGAGAACGAUUUCAGUUUCAAAUCUUGCCCUGGCGCGCAAGAGAAAAUAAAAAACUUUUUGAAGGAAAUUUCAUGCCCGGAGAAACCAACUGCCCACUUCAAUCGCCAGUCGGGUCGAACGAAUGUGGCUGAAGAGAUGGACUGUCAGGGCGCACCUGUUAGUCCAGACAUCGAAGAGAAUGACGGAUCAACAUGUCACCCGCCUCUCAGCACGAUGAAACCAAAUGAUUCUUCCAAUUCUACGUCCAUCGAAUCUGCUGAGUCGACGAGAGAUGUUGAUUUUUAUCCCAUGCUCUCAAAGCUGAGCGAGGAGAACAAAAUGUUGAGAGCCCUUUUGCUGGAAGUAAUGAAGUGGAAUCAGCUUCAAGCGAAUUCCAUGAAGGACGUCACGGAGAGAUUAGGCAAAUUGGAAGAAAAUUUCAUUGCAAAGCAAAAGAAAAGCUGUAGCAAACCCAAACCCAAGCCUCAUCGAUGCACCAGGAGCAGAUUAGAAAGGAGGCUGAGAAGAUGAACUGUGAAUGUACGGCUGUAUAUAUUAUUAUUCCUGUACAUAAAUUUUCGGUAUUGGU